UCUCUUUAUAUUUCUCAAGAUGGCCCGUACCAAGCAAACGGCCCGUCGUUCCACUGGUGGCAAAAUGCCCCGUAAGACACAUGCCACCAAGCAAGCUCGAAAAAAUGCGAUAUAUGGUGGCGGUGUUAAGCGCCCUCAUCGAUUCCGUCCCGGGACAGUGGCUUUGCGUGAAAUUAGAAAAUUUCAGAAGUCUACUGAUUUGCUGAUUCGUAAGCUCCCCUUCCAACGAAUCGUUCGUGAAAUUGCCCAGGACUUUAAGACGGACCUACGUUUCCAAGGCUCUGCUAUUUCGGCUCUCCAAGAGGCAUCAGAGGCUUACUUGGUAGACCUAUUUGAAGACACUAAUCUAUGUGCUAUUCACGCAAAACGAGUUACUGUCAUGCAGAAGGACAUGCAAUUAGCGCGUCGCAUUCGAGGAGAACAACAUGUUUAGAUGUGUUUAUAGUUUUAAUGUUCAAUAUCUCACACAUCAUGUGUUUUUUGACACAACUAUACACAAAAUGUUAUGUAUUAAUAAAUAUUUAUUUAUAUCAA